CAGCCAGACUCCCAGUUCCUCUCGGUAAACUGAGGGUAGUAACAUUUAUACACUGUUAUCCAGAGUUCGCCCACCUCUGGGUGACAGAGGUAUACAAAUACCUUGAAAGCAAUUCUUCCUAAUUCUCCUCUCCAUUACCCUGGUGUAAAUUAGGAGUAACUCCACUGGAGUCCAUUGAGCUCAUUCUACUUUCUCUCACCCCAGUGUAAAUCAGGAGUAACUCCACUGGAGUCAGUGGGGCUGUUUUCCCCAUCCUGAGAAAGAAAAUGUACAACCGAACCACUGUGACUGAGUUCCUUCUCCUGGGAUUCUCUGAAGUUUGGGAGAUGCAGAUUUUGCACUUUGUGGUGUUUCUAGUGAUUUACCCGGCAGCCCUGGUGGAGAAUCUUCUCAUCUUCACGGUUAUAGUCUUGGACUACAACCUUCACACUUCCAUGUACUUCUCCCUGAUGAAUCUGUCCAUCGUAGACCUUGGCUUCAUCUCUGUCACCAUCCCCAAAUCCAUGGCCAAUUCCCUCAUGAACACCAAGUCCAUUUCCUAUGCUGGAUGUGUUACUCAAGUCUUUUUCCUCAUCUUCUUGCUGGGAGCAGAUUAUUCCCUUCUUACCAUCAUGGCGUAUGACAGAUAUGUCGCCAUCUGCCAACCACUGCGCUAUGAGACAAUGAUGAACAGCAGAGCUUGUGUCCAAAUGGCAGUUGGUGCCUGGAUCAGUGGGAUUCUCUACUCUAUGCUACUCACUGGGAACACGUUUGCAUGGAUGUUCUGUGGAGGCAACAUGGUGGAUCAGUUCUUCUGUGAAAUCCCCCAGCUACUCAAGCUCACCUGCUCUGACUCAUAUAUGAGUGAAGUUGGGGUUAUUACAUUUAGUAUAUGUUUAGUCUUAGGCUGCUUUAUUUUUAUCAUUGUGUCUUAUGUUCAGAUCUUCAAAUCAGUGCUCAGAAUCCCCUCUGAGCAGGGCCGGCAUAAAGCCUUCUCCACCUGCCUUCCUCACCUCACUGUGGUCUCCUUGCUUGUUUGCACUGGCGCCUUUGCCUACCUAAAACUCACAUCCAGCUCCCCAUCUGCUCUGGAUCUUGUGAUGGCUGUUCUCUAUUCUGUAUUGCCACCAAUCAUGAAUCCAAUUAUCUACAGCAUGAGGAACAAGAAGAUGAAAGCUGCCCUGAGAAGACUGACUGGGUGUAGCUAA